UAAAAAAAUCGGAUAAAAAAAUGCUCACGAUAUUCAGGAGAAAAAAAGUUUUUGAGAUUUUCCUUCCAUAAAGUCCUCUUGUUAAGAUGACACUUAUAACAGAUCUUGUUACCUAUGUAUCAGAUAAUAUGUGAAACUCUUAUUAUUCGUUCUCUGCCUUAUGUCUUCUGAAUGGCUUUUCAUAGCAGUUUGCCCUGCAGCUUAAUGUUCAGUACGACUGUGCGAGUAACCCGUGCUGGUUCAUGAAAGGCAUCAUUGGCCUUGUAUUACUGUAAUUGGAUUUUGGGAUAAGAUUGGCAGUGAGCACUGCAAACCUGUUGGGGAGCUUUUUGUUUUUAUUACGAACAGACUGAAAGACAUGCUACUCUGGGCCGUGCGGUCUGAGGGAGUGUGAAACUUGAGUGGCCUCUGCAGUUCCGAUACGCUAGUGACGCCAGUCACGCCACCAGUUGGUGCUUCGAAAAAAUCCGGGAAAGGCGCUGCAAAAUGGAUGUAGAAAUGACUGAGAUCACAGGGACGGAACUCACGGAAGAAACAUCCCCGUCAACACGCUCGUCUAAUGUGUUACCUGUUCCUCGUGAGUUUCGUGGAAGCAUCACAGAGAAAGUUUCGCAGCAGGAAGCCGUUGCAGUACAAGCAGGCAAAGUUGGACCACCUGUAGAUAGCAAUGGGACUGCGGAGUUUUCCUCAGAAACCGCGCAUACCCAGACCACUCCCACGACACCCGCUAGUUUCAGCUCGGCUAGCGGAAGUUCACCCGCUGCCAGCACGUUUAGUCCAGAUGCUUUCCCGGGAUCCGUUGGACGGUGGCGUCUGCGUGACAUGAGCAUCAGCGAAGAUGAGGCCAACAUUUGUCGCUCCUGGUCAUCGUCCGCUGUGGGAUCUCCUCGUUCGCCCACUUCCAGUGUGGAAGAUAGUCCACAGUGGCAGUCAUCUCCGGCGGCCGGAGCGGGUGUCGUUGCACAAGAUGCCAGCAGUGUUUCUAUGAAUGGCUACCCAAAUCAUGACGGCAUUGGAAACCGUAUGCGUAUUCGAGAAUCACCUUUGGACCGGCAGAUCUCGGAAACGGGACGAUCGUUAGCCGAAUCCGUCAGCCACGAUGGGUUGCUGGACUCUUUUAGUAUGCUGGCCACUUCUAGGCAGACUGGCGCCAUGGGCACCGCCAAGCCGCCUCCCACUUCGUAUCCACCUCGUCCUAGUUCCCCCUUCGCAGAAAUUGUUCCACGUAACGCAGGUUCAAUUAUCGCUGGACAGCGCCUGUUGGACAGCACGAGAAACAAGAACAUGUGGAAAUCCGCUCUAGUGGAUCGUAAAAUUCCUUUGCUUGGCUUAUCGCCCGAUAAUCAGACUGGCCAGAUGCUGCCAGCCAUCAACCGUAUAGUUCACGAUGAAGCUUCAUUUUCUGCAGCUGAAUGCCAUGGGGAGAGAGAAAUGCACCAGAAGUUCCGUCUCUCGCGGUCGUGUAAUGAUCUAUGUUUUCCGGCAUCAGCAACGAGUCAUACGGAAAAAACUGAAAAAGAUAAUCUGUCCUCUUUGCUGACUAACAGUAUGCAGAUUGAUUCCACAACUACCUCAAGUGAGAAAGCUGUGUUCAUGCUGGAGGACAAGUUUCAAGACAGUCCUACCGCCAUGUCAGAAGGGAGUGACAGUGGUAAUGGUAACGGCAGUGGUGGAAAAGAACAGUGGAAGUCUAAUGGAUCACCAGCUGUGUCGGUGCCGGCGGAUAGUCCGGAGCCAGCUAUGAGCCCAGUUGGAUUUUUUACGACACCGGGAAGUCCAGGAGCGGCUGGGACUCCGCUGGGAAUGCGACCGCGCUCGGGAAGCCAGAGUCCAUACCGUAGAACAUAUACCUCGCCAAACACCGUGCAGUUGCGCCAAAGUGUGCUGAAUGCCAAGAGGAAACGAGACGAAUUGGAUGAGAGUAUGGAAGAUGUUUCGAAACGCCCCUGCAAGGGCGAUAAUAUGGAAUAAUGAUGCACAACAUCCCUAUGUGAUGCUGAAGAUCGACCUGCUGGCAUCACUAGUUUUUUUCCGGUUUUACACCGCACAUAUCGUCUUUGUUGGAAAUCUCUGUCAUCGUUCAGUUUGGGUUGAGUACACUGCAUUAUUUACUUUGGAAGUGUUGCUACAGUUUGUGAUGCCUGGAAGCUGGCCCAGUGGUUGCAAAUCGGAUUUUAACCGGUUUUGAGAAAUGCUGAAUUCGAAGUCACUGAAAAUCCGCUACUAUUCGGAAGGCAUUUUUCCUUUUAUUGUCCUGCUCUGUGGUCCCGUAUUACACAAUUAAAGUGCACUUUUGAUGGAUAAAUGGAUCUCUGCGGUAUUUGGGAAAUGUUUCCUAAACCGCAAAAUAUUGCGCGACAAAGCAGACUUGAUCGCCGCUCAAACAAACUGUUGUGGAAAAGCGGAACGAGGAAUGGACAGCGGUCAGCAUCGAACGAAGUCGUUGGGAAGUCGAACGUGUUUCGGACCCACCAGUCUUUCAAAUUACACAGUAAUUAGUGGUUAUAUAUUCUGUUGAUAAGUGCAAAAUUUCAGCUGUUUUAGUGAUUUCAUCUGUCUUUCGAAAUCAAACAUUUUGAACAGGGAUUUUGCUUUUAAAUACGAUGUAUAAACUCUGUACAGUCGGUAGAUACUAUAGAUACUUUACUAACUGAAUAACGAGUGAACAACAAUUACUGUUACAGGUGACUGAUUGACAACUGUUUGUUGUGAAACUUGAUUAUUGACAUUUUUGAUUUGAUGUGGACGAUAGUCUGAAUAACAUGAAAUAUUUAUUAAUGGUUUGCGAAACUUGGGAUAUUGAAGUUAUCGAAUU